UAUGCUGCUGCGGCCGCCGCUGCGAGGUUGGGCCUGCGGGGCGCUGCGUAGUUUAGGGAUGGGGAGCCCCGGGAGCCCGGCGUCGGGCACCCGGCCUCGAGGGGCGCCUCGCCGCGCCUGGCCUCUGGAUAAAGAUAGAGAAAAUGACAAAGAGAAAAAAUCAGUGAUUUGCAUUGAAGGCAAUAUUGCAAGUGGGAAGACGACAUGCCUGGAGUACUUCUCCAACACAUCAGAUGUCGAGGUGUUAAUGGAGCCUGUGCUCAAGUGGAGAAAUGUCCGUGGCCAUAAUCCUCUGGGUCUGAUGUAUCAGGAUGCCUGUCGAUGGGGCCUCACGCUGCAGACAUAUGUCCAGCUCACCAUGCUGGAGCAACAUACUCGUCCUCAGAUAUCACCUGUGCGGUUGAUGGAACGGUCGGUUCACAGCGCCAGAUAUGUUUUUGUAGAAAAUCUAUACAGAAGUGGGAAGAUGCCUGAAGUGGACUAUGUGAUUCUGUCUGAAUGGUUUGACUGGAUCGUGAGGAGCAUCGAUGUGUCUGUUGAUCUAAUAGUUUAUCUCCGGACCACUCCUGAGACUUGCUAUCAGAGACUACAGAUGAGAUGCAGAGAAGAAGAGAAGGUCAUUCCUCUGGAGUACCUGGAAGCAAUUCACCAUUGCUAUGAAGAGUGGCUGGUCACUGGCAGUCUUUUCCCAGUUGCAGCCCCUGUACUGGUAAUUGAGGCUGACCAGAACUUGGAGAAAAUGCUAGAACUCUUUGAACAAAACCGGGUCCGGAUAUUAACCCCAGAGAAUUGGAAGCAUGGCUCCUAGGAUGGGAACAGUCUACAGGACCACACCAGGAAAAUGGCUGCAGGCCCAAGUCAGCUCUUAGGAAAAAUCUCCUCUCUGGAGGUCCUUUUCUUAGCCAGAUUUAUUUUCCUAAUAGCCUUUUCUCUUCAUCAAAGGGCCAAUUUUUUUGUUACAUCCUUUUUAUGUUUACAGUGCACAUUCCUCCUUUGCCCCUUCUGGUAACUUACUGCUGCGAGAGGCCCACUGAAACCCUUAGGAUGAGAACCUGCUGUAUCCUUGGUGUCAUACAGGGUGCUGUGUACCAGGCCUCCAGGAGGGGUUGCACAUGUAUGUGUGCAUGUAGCAGUCUUCUAAUUCCAUGCAAGGAUUUGAAGCUCAGAGGUGCAGGGACUCCCCAGGUCACACAGUGUGUAAUAGAGCUGGCACCAUUCAGACUCCGGGCCCAGCUGACUUUCUGCUGAAGUGCUCCCAUAGCUCUUCAGACCCUCACAUCUUUGUGUGGAGAGCUGGCAGUAUGUCGAUUCCAUUGCAUCUUCUUAUCAUUGAGCAAUUAUCAAGGGCAGUCAACAUUUCUAGCCUUUGCAAAGCUGUGCUAUUUGGCCUGAGCCCAGUGCUUGUGGAAUCCUGGCACAAGGCUGUAAGAGUCUGUUCCCUUGGCAUCUGGAUCCUGGUGAUCGCAGGAGAAUCCCAUGCUGGCUCAGGGAUGGUCCCCAGUGUCCUUGGGGAUGAAGAUCCUGCUUGAACUGCUGCCAGUUCCACAUCAGGGAAGUAGCAUUUGGGGCCUGGAUGCUCUGCUCUGUGCUUAGCGGGACCGUGGGCAGCCAGCCUGGCUUCUGAGGCUCCCUCCUUCUGUCCUUGUGUGGGAAGCGUUGUCCUUGGAAUCACUGAGUAUUUGUGCCCCAAGGAGAGAGCCACAAGUAGCCUUAGGUCUUUGGAAGUUUUUUUUUUUUUUUAAAUCCUUGGGCAUAUCUUGGGCCAUAGAGCAUAAGUCUGCAUUGGAUCAGAAAACAGCUCCAUUCAGCUGUUCACUACUCUGAAAGUGCAGCUUUUAACUGCUUCUUGAGUCAACUGAGAAGUGAAAGGCAGAAAGAACAUUACCUUCAUGGCAGCAAGGACAGGAAAGUCAGGUUUGCAAACAAAGGUUCUCAAAGUGUGGCUGCUCUGGACAUUCUGGAGGUGGGUGAAGGGCAGCUCAGGACGACUGAUACAGACAUGGGAAGGAUUCUUGUGACUCUGGAAACGUGCCAUGUGCUCCACCCUGCCCCCACAAGAGUGGGCACCUGUAGCUGUGGUGCUCUGCUGCUUCACAGGUGCCCAGUGCCCCUGGGCUGGGGCCAGAGGGUGGCCCAAGAGAUCAAGGGCUCCAGUUCCUGGUCCUUCCUAUUUGAGCUCUUCCUGCAGGAUGCGGUACAGCAGCCGAAGGGUCUGUGUCCAUCGGCACCUCUAGCACAACACUGGGGAUAGACAAGAAGAUGGGAAAGUCAGGAGCCUUUCUGUCAGCAGAACUGGCAUGCUUGGUAGCAGUUUGAAGUAUUUAUAUGAACAACAUUCCAGUUCUUACCCCUUUGCUGGCUGUAACAUUCGUUUUGGGAGGAUAUGUUUCUCUUACAAAGUGGUAGCUAAUAAACCCUUCAUCUACA